AUGGAAAUUGUUUCCCUGACAACAUCUGAUUUAGAAUGUACAGGGACAGAUAAUGGUAGACAGGAGGUAAUGCAGAUUAUACAGAUGCCAAGCAGAGAAGAAGAGCAAGUUGAACUAGAUACUGCCGCAACUACAAACUGGUCUAAACAAGCUACUUUAGAUCUGAUAUCAUUACAUCAACAACAUGAUCAUUACUUUCAAAGUUCAGAAUAUAAGAAAAGAGCUGUAUGGGAGAUGAUUUCUAAGAAGAUGAAACAAAAAGGAUUUAACUAUGCUUCAGUACAGGUUGAAAAUAAAUGGAAAUCAUUAACGAAAGCAUAUAGAGAUGUAGUCAAUCAUAAUCUUAAAAAUGGACAUAUUGUUACCAGAACUUGUGCAUUUUUUAAAGAAUUAUCUGAAGUGUAUCACUAUAUACCUGAAUGUGCUCAAACUCCCUCCAUGCAACAAUCAGUUGUUCAAAUAAGAGGUGGGAAAAGAAAUAGUGAAGACUUUACAGAUACUGACACAAAUUUACAGAAAAAGAAAAAGUUUUUGAAUUUAAAUUGUUCAGAGACUCAGAGUAGUUCAGAUAUACAAAGCUUUAGUUCUGUUUUGAAAACAUUUAACGAGGAGAGAAGAAAACAAGAUAAAAUUAAAAUGGACAAAUUAGAAAAAAUGCAUCGAGAAAAGAUGGAAAUGUUUUCAUCUUUUCUUAAAGUUUUUAAAGAUAGUUUGAGUAAAUAG